GUACGUCCUGCUAUCUCGGACAUGGCCCAUAGGAUUCCUAUACUCCCGAACACGGAUGGACAGGACACUGCCAUUACCCGCGACUUUGACCAGUGGGCCAGCAAACGAAGACGGUUCAUGCCUGCGCUCGUGGAUGGCAUGAUCUUCGCGAUGCUUGCCUUGCUCCCUAGGCACGACUCGGACCUCCUGGCGCCCUACCUGAGGCUCUACCUCCUCAUUCUCACCUCUCUCCUACAUCAUGAUAUACCUGCGCACUUAACUUGGGACCGCAGUCACCAUUCCCCCUUCGGAUAAGAUUGCAAGACGGGGAUGUUCGCCGCGCUCCUGCGCUCUCUCAAGUGUGGCCUUUGCGGCGCAGGCGAGCCGGAAUACGAGUCCCAGCAAGGCCCGUCUCCUCAGGAACAGUACCAAGACCCUUGCAUACCGCAGCACGAAGCAGUAUACUCUCCCGCUCAACCCCAACGUCUUCCUCCGCCGAAUCCUCAACCCUCUCCUCCUCCUUCCCCGAAGCCUGAAUGUCCUCUUCCGUCUGCUCCCACUCGUAAGCCUGAACGUCCUCCUGCUCGGCCUCAGCCCGACCUCCAAGCAUAUCCAGGUCCUCACAAGGUACAUCUCUGUCGUGGAUCAUCAACAUCCACGCAGAACCUGGACCAUGGGCCUGAGAUCCGGAACAACUCCGACUAUCAGGCCCUGCGCGCACGCGCGAUCGAAGAGGGCUCGAAGAUGGCGCAGUGCUUCGAGGCGAGCCACACGGCGUACGAGAGCGGCGAGCACGCGCGUGCCAAAGAGCUGUCCACACAAGGCAACGCGUACAAGGCGGAGAUGAAGCGUCUGAAUGAGCUCGCGAGCGAGUGGAUCUUUGCUAAGAAAAACAAGGGUCGCGCCCUGGGAGAGGUUGACCUCCAUGGUUUGUACGUGAGGGAGGCCAUCCCCUGCGCAGAGUGCGCUGUUGAAGAUGCGCGCCGCCGAGGGGACACAAAGAUCAAUCUCAUCGUCGGCAUAGGCCGACAUUCGCCGCAAGGCGUCGCUAAGCUCAAACCAGCCAUCGAGGAGUGGCUGCAGAGGCAAGGGCUGGUGGUUGAGCUGGACCCGAAGAACUCGGGCGUCCUCAUCGUCAACCUCGAUGGCCUGCCGACUGGCGCGGGCCCUGUGCUCAGUGCCGACGAGAUUUCUCGGUGCUUCGAUAGCUAAAGACGAAGAGCGUACUGCCAUGUUACUGCCUGCAUGAGUGCGUCAGGCACACGAUUGAGUACUGAGUGCUGUAUGAUGAUGGAAUCUUGUCCGGCUGUGCCAAGUAUUAUGUGUCCUAGUGUGAUCGGUGACGGUGCCCCACCGCGUCUUCAUGUAUUCUCAUACAAUGCACUGCGUAAUUGAUGAGGUGACCUACA